AUGUUAUCGGUAUCCAAGCUGAUCUUAAAUCUUCAUUGUUAAUAUAAUUCCUUAUUUUUAAUGCAUUUAUAUCAAAAAGGAUCAUGGAAGACAACCCACUACCAAUAUUGACUUUGCCAACAGCACCUUACAAUGAUCAGAAACCAGGAACUAGUGGCUUACGGAAGAAGACAUUCAUUUUUCAGACCAAGCUAAACUACCUGCACAAUUUUAUUCAGAGUAUAUUUUUUUCCAUAGACCUAAGAAAUCGACAAGGAUCUACCGUGGUGGUUGGAGGAGAUGGGAGAUAUUUUAAUAAGAUUGCAAUAAAUCUGAUAGCUCAGAUGGCUGCUGCCAAUGGGAUUGGCCGGUUAGUAAUUGGACAGAAUGGAAUUCUUUCUACCCCUGCAGUGUCCUGUAUUAUUAGGAAAAUAAAAGCCAUUGGUGGUAUAAUUUUGACAGCAAGUCAUAACCCUGGUGGACCGAAUGGAGAUUUUGGCAUUAAAUUCAAUACUUCAAAUGGAGGUCCUGCUCCUGAAGGAAUUACUGAUAAAAUUUUCCAAAUUAGCAAGACUAUUGAAGAGUAUGCUAUAUGCCCAGAUCUAAAUGUCGACCUCAGUACAAUUGGAAAGCAGCAGUUUGACUUGGAAAACAAGUUUAAACCAUUUACGGUUGAAAUUGUGGACUCCGUAGAAGCUUAUGCAAAUAUGUUGAGGAAUAUUUUUGAUUUUAGCGCACUGAAAGAACUAUUGUCAGGUCCAAACCAUCUAAAGAUUCGGAUAGAUGCUAUGCAUGGAGUUGUUGGCCCAUAUGUAAAAAAGAUUCUCUGUGAAGAGCUUGGAGCAGCUGCUAAUUCUGCUGUGAAUUGCGUACCUCUUGAAGACUUUGGUGGCCACCAUCCUGAUCCAAAUUUAACUUACGCUGCCGAUCUGGUACAGACCAUGAAGACAGGAGAGUAUGAUUUUGGUGCGGCCUUUGAUGGAGAUGGGGAUCGCAACAUGAUACUUGGAAAACAUGGGUUCUUCGUGAAUCCUUCAGACUCGGUUGCUGUUAUCGCUGCAAAUAUUUUUAGUAUUCCUUAUUUUCAACAAACGGGGGUUCGAGGAUUUGCCCGAAGUAUGCCUACAAGUGGAGCAAUUGACAGGGUGGCCAAUGCUACAAAGAUUGCUUUAUAUGAAACUCCAACAGGUUGGAAGUUCUUUGGAAAUCUGAUGGAUGCAAACAAACUCUCUCUGUGUGGAGAGGAGAGUUUUGGUACUGGAUCGGAUCAUAUUCGUGAAAAAGAUGGCCUCUGGGCAGUGUUGGCAUGGUUGUCUAUUAUAGCUACCCGAAAACAGAGCGUGGAAUCAAUCCUGAAAGAUCACUGGCAACAAUAUGGGCGGAAUUUCUUCACAAGAUAUGAUUAUGAAGAGGUGGAUGCUGAUGGUGCUAACCGGAUGAUGAAAGAUCUAGAGACUCUGUUCUUUGACCGAUCCUUUGUGGGCAAGAAGUUGUCAGCUGGUGACAAAUCAUUUGUUGUGGAAAAAGCUGAUAAUUUUGAAUACAGCGAUCCUGUAGAUGGAAGCAUUUCAAGGAAUCAGGGUUUGAGACUCAUCUUUGCUGAUGGUUCUCGCAUCAUUUUCAGACUUAGUGGUACAGGAAGUGCUGGAGCAACUGUACGACUGUAUAUUGAUAGCUAUGAAAAAGACGCACCAAAAAUAUAUGAGGAUCCACAGGUCAUGUUGGCUCCUCUCAUCUCUAUUGCACUGAGCCUUUCCCAGCUUCACGAGAGAACUGGCCGCACAGGACCUACCGUCAUUACAUAAUGUAACACUUGAAGCCAUCUGAAUAGAAACGGUUUGGGUAGCUGGCUGCUCCCCUUCGGAAUCUGCUAAUCUUACUCCCAAUUAUCUCCAUUCUCUCCUUCUCCCCACCUUAACACUGUAUCCAAAAGCAUUACAAUCUGCUAAAAGGGUAGACAUGUUAUUACAAGUUUACACUAAGUGUAUGCUGAUAUACAUUCUCUUUUUAGUGUUAUCUAUUACCGAUCUAUGUUGCCUUUUGUUUUAAGUAAUCAUGGAAAAGAUUACUGUAUAAAAACAGCAGGACUAAAUAACAAUAUAACUUUAUUAGGUGUGAUUCAAACUGCCUCAGCACACAAUUCAGAUGUGUAUAUGUAUGUGGGUAUGUAUCCAUAUAUUUGUGGGCAACAUGCAGACUUGUUAAGUUUUGUCCCUCUAAAAUUGCAAUCACUGUGAAUUGAUCCCCCUGAAAUGAAUACCUAUGAUUUCCUGUACAAAUAUUCCAUUGCGUCUUCUGGACAAAAUUAAUCAUCAAUACAUACAAAAUUAAUCAUAUUAAAUGAAAUAAAGCAGUGUAA